GAGACUGAAAAGGCUGGGCCUUGGGUUUGGGGAGAGAGGGGCAGGACUGAGGUCUGCAGGGGCACGAGGUGGCGGGGGAGCUGAACGCAGAACUUCGCCAAACCCCACAGCGCGGGGAAACGCGGCACUCGUGGAAAUCAGUCUGUGCUGUUUCCAACAGGUACAAACAAGUACUUGUUACGCGGCAGGUGAGGACCUUCGGGACCUUGUCGCCGCAAGGGGCUGUGGGGAUCGCGCCCGUGCGAACGCCAGCGGGGACCCCGGCGGCCAACACGUCCCCAACCAGGUUCCGAAGGGAGGGGGCCGCGACCAGCCCAGUUGACACCUCCCUGGGGCGGGGCCGGGCCGCAGCUGCUCACCGCCCUUCGGAGGACCCCGGCAGGGCCGAGGCGAGCCCGGGACGGAGGGGACAGGGGUAGCCCGCGCCCGCGGCGCGACCCCGCGCUAGCCCCGGGUCGGUCGCUCCGCGGCCCGUCGCGGCCCGGCUCUGCUCUCCGCCCCUGGCGCCAGAGGAGCGGAGCCAGGCCGGGCCAUGGCGGAGCGGAGCAGCUCCCGCACCCCGCGCACAGCACGCAGCGGCGCGGGCGGGCGCGCCGUGCCCGGAGCGGGGUGGCAGGAGCCGCCGGGAGGCCGCGCCGCCGCGCCGGGGCUGCUGGAGUGCGGUCGGUGCCGGUACCUGCGCACGGCCAGGGCCUGCUGCCAGGUGGUGGAAGCGCUGCUGGCCGUCCUGAUCCUGGUCUGCAGCUCCGUGUCCUACGGCUCGACGGGAGGGUACACCGGCCUCCCCGCCCUGGGGGGCAUCUACUACUACCACUACGGCGGGGCGUACAGCGGCUUCAACGCAGCAGACGGGGAAAAAGCCCAGCAGCUCGACCAGCGUUUCCACCUGCUCAAGCUGCCGGUCGCAAGGGCAGCCAUGGCCGCGGGAGGGUCUCUCCUGGUCCUCUCCUGCGUUUUGAUUUUGGUCGGUGCGCUGCGGUUACCCUGGCAUUUCCCAGCGUGGCUGCUGCUGGAAUGCGUCCUGGACGCAGCGAUUGCAAUCGGCUUAGUGCCUGCUGUGUACUAUUUCUUCCAUUUUCUGCUGGGGGUUUAUAAUUCAUCAGUGUGCAAAGAGAGAGAGCAGCUCUACCAAAGCAAAGGCUAUCGGGGCUUUGGGUGCAGCCUGCACGGGGCAGAGAUUGCCGCUGGCCUCUGGGGCUGCGUGGCUGCGGUGGCAUUCCUGCUGAGCGCAGGCCUGGCUGGUAGGGGCUACAGGACAGUUCGCAAACUGAAACAGAAGCCAGCAGAAUUAUAUGAGCUUUAGAACGGUCAUGAUCUUGGCCACCCUCCUUACUGAGACGAAGCAGGAUGCUUUUCCUUGCUUCUGUGCAGCGCAUCUUUGAUGCUGCAGCAGAACACACGCUGAGAGAGUCUAGCUCCAAAUACAGCAGAGUCAAGCUGUUCCUAACUUGACUUUGCAUUGUUGAAUUAUUAGUGGACAGAGAGUCAGGCCAAGGGCUUGUCUUCAUCCGGUGGCUGUCUCAGAGUGACCGUCCCCGUGUAGGUGACUACCAAGCUGCCUGCUUCACAGGUCACCUUUCCCUCGCCCCUGUCCGGUGCCUUGUUUGCCUCCAGUGAGGCUUGCUGCAAAUACUGCUCCAUACUUCUGCUGAUAAACAGCUUUAUGUAGCUGAAACUGUCUUUAUAAAGGGCAUGUGACUUGUUCGCUGAGAACAGAGCUCUUAAAAAUGAGUAAUCGAGACCUGUGGUUGGAGCAGCUAAUUAUUGCUUUCUUGUAGGUCUCUUAGAACCAUCAGGGCAGAUUGUAGAGCCAUCAGAGAAUGCGGAAAUAAACUUGCAAGAUGAUGAAUGCACUCAGCCUAAUUUGUGACACAAUGCCUUUUCAAACUCUCCUGGAGAGGGCACAAUUUUGUAGGAAGUGGUUCUUUUAUAUAACUUGUAUACUCAGUUUUGCUUAAAAAGACGCCAUGAGGUGGAAGAAUCAGACAAAAGCUUUAC